UUUGAUCUCAUUUUGCUCCUCCCAAUAUCUAGACAUCACUCUCAAUUUUAACAAUUAGUAAUGGCUCGUUUUGCAAUAUUUUUGAUUGUUAUGUUAGUUUGUGUUGCACCAUCUUUUGAAGCAAGAAAACAAUUUAGCAAAGAAGGUAACAAACUAUAUGUUGAUCGCAAUUUGGAUUCAUUCCCUAGUCGUGGAAUUGGUAAUUUUGAUCAUAGCAUGCAAUCAGUUCCGAGUCCUGGAACUGGAAAUCUUGAUCACAAUUUGAAAUCAGUCUCGAGUCCUGGAACUGGAAAUUUUGAUCACAACGUGCAAUCAGUCCCGAGUUCUGGAAUUGGAAAUUUGAAAUCAGUCCCGAGUCCUGGAACUGGAAAUUUUUAUCACAACAUGCAAUCAGUCCCGAAUCCUGGAACUGAAAAUUUGAAAUCAGUCCCGAGUCCUGGAACUGGAAAUUUUAAUCACAACAUGCAAUCAGUCCCGAGUCCUGGAAUUGGAAAUUUGAAAUCAGUCCCGAGUCCUGGAACUGGAAAUUUCUAUCACAACAUGCAAUCAAUCCCGAGUCCUGGAACUGGAAAUUUGAAAUUAGUCCCGAGUCCUGAAACUGGAAAUUUUAAUCACAACAUGCAAUCAGUCUCGAGUCCUGGAACUGGAAAUUUGAAAUCAGUCCCGAGUCCUGGAACUGGAAAUUUUUAUCACAACAUGCAAUCAGUCCCGAGUCCUGGAACUGGAAAUUUGAAAUCAGUCCCGAGUCCUGGAACUGGAAAUUUGAAAUCAGUUCCGAGCCCUGAAACUGGAAAUUUCGAUCGCCCUAGUCUUGGAAUCAGCCAUGUUCAUCGCAAUUUGAAAUCAGUAUCGAGUAUUAGAAUUGUUAAGUCUGAAAGUCAUUCAAGCCCUAGUCCUGGAGAAGGCCAUGUUUAUCGCAACUUGAAGUCAGCAAAUCCUACAGUUGUCCAUAUUGAUAGUUUAAGGUCAGUCCCUAAGUUUGAUAUCGAUCACUGAUCGUUCAACUUUGAAAUGGGCAACUUCUAUUUAGUAGUUGUAUAUGCAAUAUAUUAAGUACAAUAUAAUGUAAAAAAAGUGCUAUAUUAUGUGACAGUUUGUUUAUGAA